AUGGUGGAUCCUCCUCAAGUCAGCAUCCAAGGUCAGGCAGUAUCUAAUUUGGAUAACUAUGCAAUAUGUAGAAUACCAACAAUGGAAGAAAUAUGGUCUGUAGUUUCAAAAAUGGGAUCUUAUACAUCUCCAGGGGAAGAUGGAUACUCACCAGUAUUCUACAAAAAAUGUUGGGGUACAGUAUGUAAUGAUGUUUUCAAAUUAGUAAAAGAAAUAUUUCAGUAUGUUGUUUUCCCUGAAUUAUUGAAUCACACUAAUAUUACAUUAAUUCCUAAGAUCAAGAAUCCAGCAACUCCGUCAGAUUAUGGCUCAAUAUCUCUGUGCAAUGUAUUAUACAAGAUUGUGGCCAAAAUUCUGUCAAAUAAAAUCAAGCAUUAUUUGGAUGAAUUUAUAUCUUGGUCGCAAAGUGCUUUUGUCCCUGGUCGUCAGAUAUUGGAUAACAUCCUUAUUGCAAAGGAAUUACUUCAUUCCAUGAAUAAUUCAAGAGCACUCAAUGGACACUUUGCACUAAAAGUAGAUAUAGUUGAGGCAUAUGAUUGUGUAAACUGGGGAUUUCUUGGUGAUAUGUUACAUAUUAUGGGAGUUAUUGGAAAAGAUCAUUCCUUAAUCAUGGCCUGUGUGGGUUAUAAAAUCAAUAGAUGGGCACCUACAAUUACACAUCUCAUGUUCGCUGACGAUUUGUUUUUCUUUGGUGAGCAUUCCAAAAUUAAUGUACUUAAUCUGAAGAAAUUGUUGGAUCGUUAUGCUUCAUUGUCUGGUCAAAUGACAAACUACAACAAAUCUGCAAUAUACUUCAGUAAAGGAAUAUCCGACUUAAGAAGACAAACGACAAGUCAAGAUUUGGGUGUGAGAGAGAUGGUUUCUGAUGAUAAUUAUCUUGGCAUUUAUCCUUUAACAUCAGAUUAUAGAAUUGCAAGCUUCGAUUAUCUUGUGGAUAAAUUCAAUACAAGGUUGCCAGGAUGGAGGUUUCCUUUUACAAAUAUGGCAGGCAGAACCGUGUUGUUAAAAACUAGUCUAUCAUCGAUUCCUAUAUACUGCAUGGGUAUUUGCCUUCUUCCCAAAUGUGUUACACAGGAAAUUGAUAAGAUAAUGAGAUGUUUUUGGUGGGGGCAUAGCACUGAUGAAAAGAAAUUACAUUUCUUCAAUUGGGCGAAAGUUUUCUUAAGUAAAGAAGACGGUGGAUUGGGAAUUCGAAACAUGGAAUUGAUGAAUAUAGCCUUAGUGUGCAAAUUAGCCUGGAGAUUUUUGGAGAAUGAAGAUGCAAUGUGGGUGAAGUUGAUGGAUGUGAAAUACAUUCAUGAUGAGUCUUUUUGGACAACGUCAGAACCAAAUAAUUGUUCAUCAAUAUGGAGCAGUUUAUUGGAAGUUAUGGAGUAUUUACUGGAUAAUGUAAUUUGGCAGAUCUCAAAUGGGAUGGGUGUUCAAAUUUGGGAUAACCCUUGGGUUCCUCAAAUAAGGGAUCAUAUUGUUUCUAAACCUGCAGAUAUUUCGGUUGAUAUCCAGAAGGUAUCUGAUUUAAUCUUAUCCAGUACUGGAGAAUGGAACAUGGAGUUAUUAGAGAAUAUCUUUUCUCCGGAGAUGGUCGGAAACAUAACCUCUAUCUAUCUCAGUAUUGAUGAUAAUUCUAAGGAUAUUUUGGUUUGGAGAUGUACCCCCUCAGGUAAAUUCUCAACAAACUCUUGUUACAAGCAACUUAUGCGAAAUAUACCUAUUUCUUCUGAGUUUAGGGCUUUUCCGUGGAAGAAACUAUGGUCGUUUGGUUUCAUCUUACCCAAGAUAUUAAUUUUCAUAUGGAAGAUCCUGAACAACGGUAUAGCUGUGAAAGAAAAUAUAGCCAGAUUUGUUCCUAACACCGAUACAGCAUGUACAUUACGAGGCCAAGAUGAUGAAUCUGUAUCUCAUUUAUUGUUUUUCUGUGCAAGAGCAAGACUGUUUUUUGAUGCUGCAGGUCUAGAUUAUAAUUUAUCAGAUCAAGAUAAUACUUUUUUGGAAAUAGUCAAGAUUUGGAUUGAAGGAAAUUCAAUGGAAGAUUGUGUGAAAAGAAUGUGUACUUUGUGGAAUAUCUGGAAAACUAGGAAUGAUGUCUCUUUUUCUCAGGGAAACUUUUCGAUUGUCCAUACAUUGAAGAAUAUAAACAAAGAUUUCAAUCUAUGUUUGGAAAAUUUCAAAGAAGAUUAUGGUUCUCAGGAAACUGCACUGCAGACGUGGUCUCCUCCAAGUCAGCCAUUUAUUAAGAUCAACGUAGAUGCUGCAUUCAUCCCAAACAAUGGAACGGAAAGGGCUAUAGCUCAGGAUUGCAAUGGAAGAUUCUUAGAUUGUGUGACGAUAACUUUUGGUUGA